UUGUUGAUCGAAGAUCGCGCACAGCGCUUUAUUAAAUAAGCUCUCAAACAUGGUCUUUGUGUUAACCUUUCUUUCCUCUCUCUUCCCUCGUCUCAAACAAUUUUUGUUUGACUGCAACAUCCGCCUUUCAUGAUGCUUUUUUUAGAAGAAUUUGAAGCAUGGGUGACCAUUGACGGACGGCACGCAGAGGAAUAUCAGUGGCAAUACAUCCCGAAGCAGAAGCUUGUACAAUGCUGGAUCGCCUCAGAAGUAGGAAAACCUUUCCAAAUCCAUUGGCUGGACUCCAAACGUAGUACAGCAACCGAUGGUUUUGUUCUUCUAGACGGCAAGAAAUGCGGUGGAAGCGUCAUUUCUUCUGAUUUGGACAAACCAAACUAUACUUGUAAAGAGUAUAUACGAACCGGUCCUACUACUGUCAAGCCGUUCGAAUUUUCGCAAACCAGCCUGACCGAUCCUGACUUGUUGACCACUGAGUUGGGUCAGAUUGAACUUCUGAUCGUUCGAGUGAGGGUUAAGUCCUAUGAGACGUCACAAACCAGAUGCGCAUCAAAGCAGCGGCUAAUACACGAGAAGGCGAAGAAAGGGAUUCAACACCAGACAACAUUUGGAAAAACUGUCGCAUCAACUCCCAGACAGGCGGUCAGACUGGAGCAAAUUUCCGAUGAUGCCGUUGCUCGAUUCAGAUUUUUAUAUCGGCCUAUAGAUAUGCUAAAGGCGAAAGGCAUUGCAUCUACCGACAAGCCUCGAGCCAAAACAACAACUGGACCUGAAUCAAAAUUGCACGUUGUGGCUGGUACAAGGUUUUCCGUCAAAACUGAAGAUGCGCUGUCCAAAUACGCGAUCAAUUCUGCUCCCUCGCGCGGUAUCUCUGUUUCCGACUGGGAUACUUUGCUGCCAUCCUCCGACGUGGAUAUUAAGCCGGAGGCUCAAGAUGAAAUGGGUGUCAUCAAGGUUCAAGGCUCUGCUAGUUCUGUCCACGGGCCAUCGUCGCUUCCAGGACUCGUCUCCUUGCCAGAGGGAUUACGAUCGACGUUGGGUCCUGGCUCUUUCGUGCCUUCUCCUAGUUAUAUUUCAAAUUUAGCAGAGUCAGAAUUGCCGAGUCUUUCUGGGUUCUUCAAAUGCGAUGACGAUGGACUGGAAGAACAGAAUACGACCAGGACGGAAAAUCUUGCCCGCGAUGAUGACGAGCUAGAAACUGUCAUUGUUCAGCAGAUCUCACAAGGAACUAAACGUGACGAUAUCUGUGGACCAACAGUACAGUCGGGUACGGAGGUGUCUAUGGCAGGAACGACUGCCAUAAAUCCGAUAGUCAUUGACGACGACGAUGACUGGAUAAAAACAGAAAAUUCAAAUAAUUCUUCUAUACGUGCCACUUCUUCAUUCUCCUUCGCUACGUCAGCAACGUCUCCCCCUAUAUCACCGUCCUCUUCGGAUAGAGCACCAAUGAUAGAUACUAGAUCUGUAAUAAGUGCCCUCGAGCUCUUGGGCCCUUGCAAGAAGCGAAAGCGCUCUAGUACUCCUUCCACGAUCCAUAUGCCACAGCGGAAAUGGCGCAAAGCCGAAUCCAAUCCCUCGAAUGAUACACAGGAAGUGAAGGGAAAUAAUUUUUCCGACGACACCCGACAUUCGACUACUUCAGUCUCUACUGAACCUCAACAAGCACCGGAAAUUGUCAUUGUUAAGUCGGAUGUUGGUGCUCUUGAUUCGACUCAGAUCAUCGAUGUGGAUGAUGAUGAAGAAGACAGAAUGCUGGCAUCGGAGAUGGAAACAUUACACGACUACGAAUUCUUCAAGCACAGCGUGUCGAGCGAAGGCAGGCUAACUUGAAUAGAAGGCAGGUCGAUAAUCAAAGAAAAGAAGGACGUUCACAUGCUGUGGUCAAGCAAGACGACACACUGAAAGAGGAAGGCAUGAUAUGAUGUCCUUCAAUUACUCUGAUGGGUUCUGCGAAGAGUCAAGUCUGAAAGCAUGAUAGGGUAUCACCUUGCUUGCAAGGUCUAUUGCACUCCGGAAUUUAAGUACUUUUGUGCAGGCACAUUUUGGCUGUGUUUGGCCUCAUGCUUUUGCCAAACAUUUACAAACAUAUUGGGCUUUGAAGGGAACUGUGCUUGCUUUGCGGCGCACCUUGUGUGCGCCGCGUUCUUUCCUCAAUACUUGGAUUAACAAGGCCUUUGAAGUGCAUAUAUUC